AGCUUAAAUCUUUCUCUUUUUCUCUCUCAUCCAUAAAUCAUUCUCAAUUCUCUCUGUCUCUCCUGAUCGACCCAGAGUCUGGAGUGAGAAACCAAAGACCGUAGACAUAGAAGAAACUACUACUACAACAAUGGAUCCAUGUCCGUUUGUUCGCCUGAUAGUCGAAUCACUAGCUCUGAAACUACCUUCAGCCACCAAGCCGGCCGGUCCAGGACUAGGAGUCCACCCAUCAACGACGCCGUGUUUUGCUAAGCUCAGAAUCAAAAACUUCCCUUCCCAAACAGCCCUUCUCCCACUCUGCUCCACCACCGACUCUUCUCCACCGGACUCCUCCGCUUCCUCCUCCAGCUUCCACCUCGACUCCGCCACUCUCCGCCGCAUCUCCGGCAAACCCAUAAUCUUAUGUGUCUCUGUCUUCACUGGUCGAAUGGGUCGCACCUGUGGAGUCGCUAGUAGGAAGCUACUGGGUCGUGUACAGGUUUGCAUUAACCUUGAUAAUGGUGCUGAGUCCAGAGGUUCUGUGUUUCAGAAUGGUUGGAUGAAGCUUGGGACUGAACCGGAUAAGCCCGUGGCUCGGUUGCACAUUAGGGUUCGCUCUGAACCGGACCCCAGGUUUGUUUUCCAGUUUGGGGGCGAACCAGAGUCUAGCCCUGUGGUUUUUCAGAUUCAGGAGAACAUUCGGCAACCGGUUUUCAGCUGCAAGUUCAGCGCCGACCGAAAUAAUAGGUCACGCGCUCUUCCAACUGAUUUCAACGCCAACAACAGAGGAUGGAUGAGAAGAACCUUGUCGGGUGAAAGAGAAAAGCCAGGAAGGGAGCGAAAGGGCUGGAUGAUAAUGAUCUAUGAUCUCUCUGGCUCAUCCGUUGCAGCUGCCUCGAUGAUCACUCCAUUUGUCCCCUCACCAGGCUCUGAUCGUGUUUCUCGAUCAAAUCCUGGCGCAUGGCUCAUCCUCCGCCCUAAUGGCUUCUCUGUUAGUAGCUGGAAACCUUGGGGUCGUCUUGAGGCUUGGCGAGAGAGAGGGUCAAUUGAUGGCCUUGGUUACAAGUUUGAGCUUGUUACCGACACUGGGAUGACUAAUGGAGUUCCCAUUGCUGAAGGUACCAUGAGUACUAAAAAGGGUGGACAAUUUUGCAUCGAUAACACAAUAAAAGAUUCUGCAUUGAGCUCAAUGUUGCCAGUACGAGGAUUUGUAAUGGGUUCAAGUGUCGAAGGUGAGGGAAAGGUGAGCAAGCCCAUGGUUCAAGUAGGGGUGCAGCAUGUGACUUGCAUGGCCGAUGCUGCCCUAUUUAUCGCCCUUUCAGCUGCUAUUGAUCUCAGCAUGGAUGCUUGUCGGCUUUUUACAAAUAAGUUCAGGAAGGAGUUUUGGCAUGAUCAUGUUCAAGACUCAUUCUCCUAAAACCUUUUAAAAGAACUCUCUGCAAGUUUCCUUUUCAUAUGCAGUGAUAACCAAGAGUACUAAACCACUCUGGCUUUGAGCAUGGAAGAUAUUUGUGCCAUUUUUCCCCCAUUCUUUUACCCGGAUUUUUACACCUUUCCUAAGGUUAUAUAACAUCUCCCUUCCCUAUAUGAGAGUGACCUAAUGUUUGGUUUGUGAAGCUGAUUUGACUGAUUCUCUGCGGUCUUUUUCGCUUUCAAUGUUGCUCUAUCUUGCCGGUUUUGAUUCUUUGUUUGAUUGGUUCUUAUCAAGAGAUGAUAAUUUAGAAUUUUCUUUCAUUACAUAAUUAUUAGAUGAAGUUUAUGUAGUACAUAUGACACUGUACAGACCAAAAAAACGUUGUUUCAUGG